ACCGCACUGCCGCUCUCGCCCGCGGCAGGAUCCGCCGUCGGGUGUCAUGGGUGGGGGUGACUUUGUGGGUGACUAUGGAUCGGUCCAGGAUCGCAACGCCGAGCGCUCUCGAUUCCACGCAGACCUCGCCGAGUCCCAGUGGCACACGCUCGGUGACCUCCUGGAAAGAAAAAGGUCAUCAAACCCCAGGUCUAUGCUCGUCGCGGUGAAGAAGUUCGUGACGGGACAUGGGAAGGGCCUCGGUUCCGCGCCCUUCUUGCUCGGCCUCCGCGCGUUCCUAGAGGCGCAGAGGGGCGGAACAGAGUGCGUGGCCUGGGUGUUAUCCCCCGCGGUCUUCACGCAGUCCGGCGGGGAGAUCUGGAUGAGGGACGCGGUCGACGCGAUCGCUUCGGGGGCGGACCGAAGGGUGGACCUCGAGGGCGACGACGGAAACGACAUUCCUCUCUCGGACGCGGACAAGAGGCUCGCGUGGUCGCUGCCGCUCCAGUUUCGCGACGGGGACAUCGACGAGGUGCUGUCGCAGAUACCCAGCAAGGCGCGCCUGGAGGACGCGGGUUGCGGACCCACGGGUGAGAUCGUGAGGCACGGCGCGCACCCGCCGGGCGCGCCGGCGAGGACGGCGGGCACGGGCAAACGGCGCGGCUGUCGCGCGAGGUGCUGCUUCCUGCCGUUCCUCUUUGUCGCCGCCACCGUGUGCUGCGUCGUCGUGCUGGUGCGUUAGUAGUCUACUAGCUAAGUCUUAGCUGAAACCCUUAGAUAGUUGGAACCUUAGUCUACCUUGUCAGGUUCUCGAACGUGUUCCAA